UGCUUCUUCUUCCGCGGUCAGCUUUUGUCCUAGCCGAGGUCAUCUUUUCUUAGUGACUGUCCCAGUGAAUGAAGAGAGGGUGAUUGCAGUGACGUGACCGCACAGCUGAUCGGGCGAUAACGAGGCAGACAAGCAUUCCGCUAUGUGCGCCCGGGAUGUUUUUGUGAUGUUACCAAGCCAAAGAUCCGCAAAGAAAGAGAAACGAGGAUGAAAUCAACAUGAUUAGCACCGAUGGCCUCUCUAAAUGCGAGGCGACCUGGCGCGAGACUGGGAAAAGGCCACAGGCGGAGUUGUUGCACCUUCUGUCCGCUGUCAUUGUCUGGCUUGUGACGGGGACAACCAUCUCCAGUCUUAACAAAUGGAUUUUUGCAGUGUACAACUUCAGGUACCCCUUACUGCUGUCGGCCCUGCACAUGUUGACAGCGAUAGUGGUGGACUUUGGGCUUAUUAAACUGCGAAUGCUCCAGCAAAACGGUGGGGUUGACAACCAGAAGGACCUUACCACCCGCGCCAAAUGCAAGGUGUUUCUAUUGAGCUUGACAUUUUGUGCCAGCAUCGCAUUUGGCAACGUGGGUCUGAACUAUGUCCAGCUGUCAUUUGCCCAAAUGAUCUACACCACCACGCCAAUCUUCACCCUGGCCAUCUCCACUCUGAUCCUGGGCAAGCAACACCACAUCCUCAAAUACACAGCCAUGAUGCCCAUCUGUCUGGGAGCCUCGUUCAGCAUCAUGGGCGAGGUCCAGUACGACCAGACAGGCUGCUUCUUCGUAUUCGCUGCGACAAUGUUGAGAGGUGUCAAAUCCAUCCAGCAAGGUAUCUUGCUCCAGGAAGAGAAAAUCAACUCUGUGUUCCUGCUGUACCUGAUGUCUAUCCCCAGUUUCUGCAUCCUGGCCGUAGCUGCUCUGGCCCUGGAGAACUGGGCCGUGCUGGAGUCUCCAAUGCACUACGACCACAACCUGUGGCUCUUCAUUCUGCUCAGCUGCCUGGGCUCUGUCAUGUACAACCUGGCCAGCUGCUGCGUCAUAACCCUCACCUCUGCCGUCACCCUGCACAUCCUGGGCAACCUGAGUGUGGUGGGCAACCUGCUGCUCUCCCAGCUGCUGUUCGGCAACGAGAUGUCAGCGCUCAGCUGUGCCGGUGUGGCUCUUACUCUCUCUGGCAUGCUCAUCUACCAGAACUCUGAGUUCAUCUCCAACUACCUGGAUGCACGGCGAGCUAAAGCCAGGGAGCUCAGCCGAGUGAGGGAGGAGGAUAUUGCAUUCCAACCGCCCCCCCAAAACCAGCAGGAGAGGGUAGACGCUGCCGGGAAACGAGAGGACAAGAUGGACUGAGAGAGAGAGAGAGAGAGGGGGGGGGAGAGAGAGAGAGAUUUCCUGUCCUUAGGGUUAGUUAAGUCAGGUGGUUCUGUGGAGAGGUUCAGGAAAUGGUCUGUGACCUCAUGAUGUCAUAGUUGAUGAUGACGACAUGAGUGACAGAACUUGUUUGGUUGGGUCGUUUUUACCUCUUCACUGUGCCAAUGUAUUUAUUUCAGCCAUGGUCUCAUGGAACAGAAGUCAGCUGACUAAAAAAACAGAUGCCUUUAGGAAAGUGACAGUUGAGUUUGUACUGUUCUAAUACUCAUACAUGCACACAUACUGGUAUGCAUGCAUGAGCACACAAACUAUGUGAUACAUCUCAUGAGAUAUCACGCACUGUUACUCACACUACUACACUGUGAAAAUGUUCUCUCUGAGUGACUGCUCAGUGGGAUGGUUGGGUGGGAAGGACUAGGAACACUGCUCUUAUGGAUAGAAACAAAUACGUUUUAAAAACGUAUGGUAAUGUUACCUAACCUUCCCCUGGUCUCGUAUCACUGGGAAAGAGGUUUUCUGGCAGCUUUUAUUUGGGGAUCUUAAAAUGGGUGUUCCGCAUUUGUUAUAGUGCUAUAGCUUUUGUCUAGAUGAAGUUUACAAACAUUCAAGCUAACAGGUUCAGCAUAUCAUAUCUCCUGGCUGUUUGUAGGCAUGGCGGCCAAUAAGCCACAAUGUUAUUAAUCUACUGCAUAGUGAGGCAUAGAUCUGAGGGGAGCCAGCUUGUCCCACUCAACGACCCCUUAUUGCAUUUCCCUUCAUUUCCUCUUAAUAAAAGGAACCUAUUAUAAUCAUUUUAAUAACCUCCUACCUUUACAGCAGUUCUCACUGCAGUUCUCACUGUCUAUUAUAAGGCCUAUCCACUCUCUAAGGAGUCUCACUCAUCUUUAGCACACUCCAUAAAAAGUAUUUCAUCAUUCUCUCCUUUACCGCCACUCGAACAGAAAUGUCUUCUCCACUCAGAAGGUGCCACAUUACAUUUAGUCUUUAUAACUGACCUCUGCUGGACAGUGUUAUUGUAACUCCAUUUGAAUUUUUGAAUAUUUAUGAUGCAGUGUUAUUUCUUUCAUUUAUUUUUUAUUCUGUAAGUAACACUAUUUUUUGUCCUGUUUAUGAUUCUUACACAGUACAAAGAGGAAGUUAUUGGAUUUCUGUUUACUAAAUUGAAUACAAAAGCUGUAGUAUGUCUCUUACCAGAAUUGACCUUGAUCAGAAACUAAAACUACUUAUUUGAAGUUGGAAAGCUCUUACAUGAUGUGUCCAGAGCACUGACAUAGGUCAGAAGUCACUCAGUAACUGGAGGUCUAGUCAACUGGUCUGUCACUUGGCCAACUAAUGUACACUACCUUUCAACAUUUUGCAGUGACUUAGAAAUGUCCUUGCUUUUGAAAGAAAAACUUUAACUUCUUUAGAUUAGUUGAGUAUCUGGAGCAUCAGCAUGUGACGGUUCGAUUACAGGCUCAAAAUGGCCAGAAACAAAGACUUUCUUCUGAAACUCGUCAGUCUAUUCUUGUUCUGAGAAAUGAAGGCUAUUCCAUGCGAGAAAUUCUCAAGAAACUGAAGAUCCCGUACAACGCUGUGAGCUACUCCCUUCAGCACAAACUGGCUCUAACCAGAAUAGAUAUGAUAUGAUAUGUUUCCAUGAGACGCCAUCUUAACUGACUUAAUUUUUUAAAUAUAUUUUUUACCCCUUUUUCUCCCCAAGUCUUGUCUCAUUGCUGCAACUCCCGUACGGACUCGGGAGAGGCGAAGGUUGAGAGCCGUGCGUCCUCCGAAACACAACUCAACCUUAACACAAUGCCUACUUAACCCGGAAGCCAGCCGCAGCAAUGUGUCGGAGAAAACACUGUACACCUGGUAACCGCGUCAGUGUGCACUGCACCUGGCCCGCCACAGGAGUCGCUAGUGCGCGAUGGGACAGGGACAUCCCUGCAGUCCAAACCCUCCCCUAACCUGGAUGACGCUGGGCCAAUUGUGUGCCGCCCCAUGGGUCUCACGAUCACGGCCGGCUGCGACAGAGUCUGGACUCGAACCCAGAACUUCUAGUGGCACAGCUAGCACUGCGAUGCUGUGCCUUAGACAACUGCGCCACUCGGGAGGCCCUUUAACUGACUCAACCUGUUGAGUGUAGGGGACAGUAUUUUGAUGUUUGGAUGAAAAACGUACCCAAAUGAAACUGCCUAUUUCUCAGGCCCAGAAUCUAGAAUAUGCAUAUAAUUAGGAUAGAAAACACUCUAAAGUUUCCAAAACUGUCAAAAUAUUGUCUGUGAGUAAAACAGAACUGAUAUUGCAGGCAAAAACCUGAGGAAAAUCCAACCCGGAAGUGCUGUUUUUCCUGAAAGCUCUCUGUUCCAUUGCCUGCCUUCGCUCCAUUUAAAGGGAUAUCAACCAGAUUCAUUCAUUUUCUCUCUCUCCUAUUGAAGAAGGUACAGUCCGGUUGAAAUAUGAUCGAUCAUAUAUUGUACAAACAACCUGAGGAUUGAUUAUAAAAAACGUUUGACAUGUUUCAACAAACUUUACGGAUACUAUUUGGAAUUUUCGUCUGCCCGGUCGUGACCGCUCUAGCCUGUGGAUUUCUGAAAAUAACGCACCAAACAAAUGGAGGUAUUUUGGAUAUAAAAAUAAUCUUUAUGGAACAAAAUAAACAUUUAUUGUGUAACUGGGAGUCUCGUGAGUGCAAACAUCUGAAGAUCAUCAAAGGUAAGCGAUUCAUUUUAUUGCUUUUCUGACUUUCGUGACCAAUUUACUUGGCUGCUAGCCGUUUGUAAUGUUUUGUCUGAGAGAUGUCCUUACAUAAAUGCUUGGUAUGCUUUCGCCAAAAAGCUUUUUUGAAAUCUGACACGCCAGGUGGAUCAACAACAAGCUAAGCUGUUUUUCUAUAUUGCACUUGUGAUUUCAUGAAAAUUUUAUAUUUUUAGUAAUUUAAUUUGAAUUUGGCACUCUGCAAUUCAGAGGAUGUUGACGAAAAUUAUCCCGCUAAUGGGAUGGGUGCAUCAAGAAGUUAAUUUGGCUUCAAAUGCGCUAUUGAGUCUUCACAUAGGAAUGAAUAGUGUCACGUGAUCAAUGGCUUUGUCCAUUCAUAUACAGUCAUUCAAUUACACCCAUCUUAAGGCUAGUGCUACUGAAAGGACCUUAUGAAGAUGUUGAAUGAAGUUGUUUCUAAUCUUCCUUUCCCAGUCAAAGAACCUUCAGGUGUGAGACUUCGCCCCCCUUAGCCUUUGAUAGACUAUUUGGAAAUUGUUAUAUAUUUUUUGUUAUACCCGCCUGAUGUUUUUCCCCCAAUAUGUUGUCAUAUGCACAGCAGUAGACACAUAAUGAUUUGUUCCAACCUCAACCUGAUAAAUUAGUAAUUUGAAUGAAGAUAAGAUGAAUGCCAUUCCCCAAAAAAAUUUAACACAGAGUUCUAAUGAGAGGAUCAUGUUAUUGAUGGUAGUUAAAUACCUCAGUCUUCAACAGUUUGUUGCAGACCAUUUGUUUAAUGAAUUAAGUAAGUUGGCAGUUGAAGCGAGAUCAAAUAGCUGAAAGCAUGUCUGCCCACAACCACGGUUUGUCUCCUGGUCAACUGUUAUAAUCUGUUUGUUAAAUAGCCUACUGAUCGAAAGGCCAAUUUUGUUUAGCAACUUUGAAUUUAUGAUAAGAUACUUUUUAAUCACACAGCCCUUAGAAUACCUAUUUAAACUGUACCAGCAUCACAGAUCUGCGUUUGAUUUGUCAGACUGAGUCAGUUUGACAACUCUGGGUUUGACUAGUCAGGCUGCUUGUUCACACAGAGGUUGUCUUUGACUGGCUAUAAGGGCAGAGCAACGCACAAAUUGCACUGACGAGUUAUGGAAAUGCUGCCUUUACAGCGUAUGGCUCUUAUGUAUAUGUAUGUAUAUGUUGAUGUUGUCUGAAAACGUUACAUGUAAAUAAUGAUUUUAUUGUAUUGAUUUUACAAUCAUGGAAGGCUGGCUCAAAUAUACUGGUUCAAAAACA